AUGGAGCCCGUGGGUGCUACCGCCAGCAUACUCACGUUUGUGACUGUCGCGUUUUCCGCUACCAAGUCAAUUUACGGCGCCCUGUCAGCAAUCAAAGACGGUCCCGAAAUCCUUAGCUCUAUCAACGAUGAAGUCUCCCAGCUCCAGAGUAUUCUUCAGAGAAUAUUGCAAGUGGUGUUGUCAUCAACAGCGAGACCUGCCGAUAGAUCAAAGCUUGAGCAAAUGGUCAAGAAAUGCAGAGAUGAUUUGCUUGGAUUUGAGACCAAGCUUCGCCAACUCGGUGUCUCAGGAGCCGAUGGCCGAAAAGGCCAAUUAUGGCGAAAGUUUAAGAUCUGCUUUGAGGAUAAAGACCUCGAUCGGAUUCGUCAUGUAAUCGGGAGACAUGUCCAACUACUCACACUCUAUUUAGGCACCAUGCAGGACCAGCAGACGUCGCUCAUCGCAGCACAAUCAAUGGAAAUACUUGCCCAUGUCCAAAAACUCCAGCAGUUAUCACCUACAGCCACACAGUCAAACGAGAUACUUACUCGUAUCCGGGAACUCCAGCAUACAUCUCCUACAGCAGCACAGUCAACAGAAAUGCUCGCGCGUAUUCAGAAGCUCCAGCAGACAUCACCUACAGCAACACAAUUGAAUGAGGUGCUUGUUUCUCUCCAACAGCUUCAACAAGAUAUGGCCAUAUUGCAAGUAUCUAGCAAAUCUGCUGAAACUAAAAUCGGGUCAUCAGGUAUUUCAUCAAGGGUCGUAGAACUAGACGACGAGAAUUUACCGAUUUCGCAGCAGGCCCCUCUGGAUGAUGCCAUCGCUCGAUUGAUGCGGUUACUUGAGAAGAAGCCAUGCAUCAUAGAGUUUGAUGACGCACAGAAAACAUUCGAUGACCUGGAGCGCCUAUUGCAGUCUAUUCGGGAUGGUAUACACUCUACAAAAACGGGAGAAGAGGAUGAGAAUAAAGAUGCAGACGUCUCGAAGGAGAUGAAGCUUUUCACAAGUCUGAUUUUCUCGGCCCAAUCCUUGAGAGUCAACCAAACCGAACAGAUGAACUCCUUCGAGGCUACUGAGCCAAGAGUUGGUAUCCUUCAACAAAGAAAGCGCAAAGAAAUGGACGCUGGCGACAACGUUCUUACAGUCGUGACAACAAAGCGACGAAGGAACCUUCUGCCCGUGUCACAAAACGCACCCCACAGCGAAAUAAGCGGGUGGGGGUUCCUUGGGAAUUUAACCAUAAAGUCCAAGACCAAGAAGAAGAUGAUCACCGUAUCUGUUAACCGGAGCCAGCUUUUAUUCGACCAAUUUACCAACAUGUUGCCACGAGUAAUAGUUUGCCAGAUUCUCCCCAACAACUCGCACGUUUUCCGAGUAGCAGCACAUGGCUCGGUUCAAGAUCUUAUGAAAUUGAUAGUUGAGAACAAAGCUAGCCUUCAUGACCAUGAUGAAAAUAACUGGUCUUUACUGCAUCACGCGGUCGGAAAUCUCCCAAUGUUGAAGUUUCUUAUCCAGAAAGGAUUAGAUGUUGACGAGGUUGCAGAAUCCCGUAACCAAAAUCACAACCGUCAAACGAAUCCUUUAACUCUAGCAUACGAUCACGGCUAUGAUAUCAACUUUUCAGAAGUCCUUUUACAUGCUGGAGCUGAUCCUACUGUUAAAUUGGAGGGUGAUCCAAUAUUGGUCGAUUCUAUGCCUGAAAGUGCCUGUAUUGAGGCAUGGCUAGAAACCCCGGGAGGUUUCAAUUCAGAGAAGGAGCGGCAAACUUUGGAUCUCCUAAUCAGCCACGGCUACAGCUUACAGACUUACUACGGGAGGCAAAGUGGCCUUCAUGGGUUCUUUUCAAGCAAGAAGAAAUCAUUCUCUAGGGUACUGGAACGACGGAAUCUGUUGAUAUAUCUCAUAUCAAAGGGCACCGACCCUUGCACAGCCGAUAUUGAGGGGAAAACAGCUUCAGACCUCGCAUAUGGAAGCAUGUGCAAGCCUUGCUCCAUGACACAGUCCUCUUUGAUGGGUGAUCUAUGGGACACUGUUCUGGACAUUUGUGCCGCGAAAUGUUUGAAGAGCUCUGGCGUGGUAGGGAGGAGCGCUGCCCUUACUGGAACGACGAGCCUUGGCCAGAGUUUCCAAAUGAAGAGGCGGAGUCCGCUUUUGAGUCGACACUAUGGCAGAGCUUGUGCAUGCACUGCUGGAGUUGCUUCAAUAAUAAUGACAGCUCUUGUGAUAACUGCGGAAUUUGUCGUUUGGUCUUCCGGUACACCUGUGGUUGGAAAUUCGACGUUGAUCAUGAACACCACUCCUGUUGUCCCCGCUCCCGAGUUGGUUAUUUUGAGCAUUUCAAAGAUUGUCACCGCUAUUACUUCAGACCGAACAGCGCUUCAUAUUUAG